AUGGGAAAAUUGCCACAAAAUAAAGUAUUGGAAGAUUUUAAUGAAUUAGAAGACGAAUCCAUUAAUGAGUCGGAUAGCUCAAUUAAUUUGACUGAUGAAACUAUACGAGGCAAUGAAUUGGAAAAUGAGGAGGAUAAUCAAGAAAUUUCUGUUAUGGACCCAUUCUUAGGUAAUGGAGCAUUUGUUGGAAAUUUUGACGGAAAUCCCACCGUAUCUUUUACAAAAUGGGUGGAGAAAUUUAAGGAUAUACUUUCGUUAAUGACCGAGCCUACCGAAGUGCAAAAAUUGGCCCGUUUGCGUUUUUGUCUGUCCGGUCAAGCGAGAGUAGCAUUCGACAAUAUCAAUCCCGCACCUACGACGUUAGCGGAGGCUAUUGCUUACUUGAAAGGAAAAUACGAGAAUGGGAACACUAAAGUGAUUGCACGGCAAUUACUAUCAAAUUGUAGACAUGCGCCAGGAGAAACUGUCUUUGAGAGAAAAUGA